GCCAGCUGCCGCGUCUACGGACGGACCGGACCCACCGAGACAGAGACUGUCGCUUGACACGAGGAGCCAAGUCGAGAUCGUAAAAUUGAACAAUAAUACUUCUAUCGCCUCUCGUCGCAAGAGUUUGUGAAAAUAAAAACCCGCCGAAAAAUAAUAACAAAAGCAAACACUUAAUAUCGGCACACGCACCAGUUGUAUAGUUUUUCAUUAUUUUAUUUAUUUUUUCUAUAUUUUUUGUUCGUUGAAAAGUUUUAUCUGACAUAUUGUUACACAUGUGAAUAGUCUGGCCUGGACGAAAGAGACGAGGGAUACUUGGAUUAACUAUCGGGACAUAAAUUUUCAUAAGCACGGUGUUUAAUCAUGCAUUUUUCAAAACGAGACAUUUCGACCGAGGAUAUGGUGCUGGUUGUACAGUUCCACUGAAAUCAUUGGACUGCUACGUGGCGAAAGUGAAUUGAUAACCGGAAGGACGAUAAGCAGCUACGAGUCUGAAUUGAUAACCUGCAUUCACUCAGUGACUUGUUCGCUUUUAUCUUUGACUCGGAUCAAAUUCGAGCAACGCAGACCCAUUGCCAGUGAAAAUUACGUGGAAUAAACAGAACACCACGGAUCCAGAGGAACUAAUCGCCCUUAUAAAUCGGAAAUUCUGCGCCUCGCGACCUGAACGUUUUAACGGUUUUAACACGUUAACAAUAAAAUGGCGAUGACAGAUAAAUGAAUAAACAAAUAAGCAAAUAAAUAAAUAAAUCAAUAGAUAAAGGGAGAAAGCAGUAGGGCGAGUCAAAAAUUGAUGACAGAAAAUAAACUCGGUGAAUCGUAUUAAAGUGAAAAUAUAAUCGGAAAAGUGGUGUAAAGGAAUUGAGCCAAAUAAGAUAUUGUUAUAGUGCAUAAAAUACUGUGACUAAAUUGGAACGGUUCUUAGAGAAAAAUCCGAGAUCCGAACGGCAGUGACCAUGAUAAAAUUUGUGCUAGCGGCGUAUCUUUUAGGCUUCGUGCUUGCCGGAAGUCCAAGACUUCCUAGGACCUCGGCCGACCAGCGCAGCAUCAGAAACGCAAACAGCAUUAGCAGCGCAACGAGCAACAACAUCAACGGAAGUCUUCUUCCCGCUCCCUCGCGAGGCGCUAAUCGGAACAGGGAACAGUACCUCUUCAAUGUCUUCGAAGUGAUUGUCUCCACCCUCGAAUCAAAGCUACAGAGGAUAGAAAACCUCGACAAGGCGGUGGAACACCUCAUGAGAAGGGUUGAGGCUCUCGACUCGCGGGUGAACGACAACAUUGAUAAGACAGACGCGGUUAUUUCAAAACUGGGGACCUUAGAUCUGAAGCUAUUUCACGCUCAGCACGCUGGUUUUCCGCAGGAAGCGGUGGUCGAAUCUCGGACAGCGGAGAGCAGGAGCAGCGUCGACCAUGCCGCUCCGACAAUCCGCGUCAUUCAUCACGAUGACCCGUCACCGGAAUCUCUUGGGGAGAAGCUUUUGUCGCUCGAUCAAAAGGUUUCGGAUAUCGACGAGAAACUCGUCGUACUGAAGAACCAGUUGGACAACAAUUUCGUCCCAGCGGACGACAUAAACGCCGAAGCCAGCGAGAAGAAGCCGAUAAGCAUGAACGUUAUCGAGAUAACCAAGGCUCUGAACAACGAAGUGAUGAAUCACGUUUCCGUCGAGAUCGAGAAUCUGCGGCAGGCGACCAGCAGCAUGGACCGAAAGCUUCAAUUCCACAUGAACGUUGUCUCGGACAACCUCGGCGCCGUUUACACCAUGAUACGCGAUGUCCACGAGGCGAUAGUCGACAAAGACACGCCCGUAAACGUUACCACGACGCAGCCUCCCCCGAAGCAGAGCAAGAUCGACAGGAUCGUUGAACAGAUGCACCCGAUGCUCACGGUCUCCGAAAAGAUGGACGAAGUUUGGGACGUUGUGGUGAGCAAAGAAAAAGUUGGCACCAAGAGCUCCGUGGACGACCUCGUUCCCAAGUCGGACGAGCUCUUGACGCAGACUCAGCGCCAGGAGAGAGCCAUAAGCGAAAUUCACGCCGACCUAAGGUCGAAGACUAAUAAGAUAAUCGAGAACCUGGAAGGCGUCGAGAGCAGGCUCAAGAAGCAGGAGGACGACGUCGCCACUUUGGCCCAGAGACCGGUGCCGGCUGAACUUCUACUUGACCCAACCAUCGACAGGCUCGUCGAGUACGACCCGAGCAGCUCCUCGCAUUCGAUUCACAGGUACGUCGGAAUACCCGAAGAGCUUCCAACCGAAACGCCGAUGAAUGCUUUCGUCACGACGACAAUGCCACCCGCGACGACGACGACUCUUUCCUCCGUCGCGCCCCCGUCCAGCAGCCAAACCAUCCUCGUAACGACCCCGACGACGCCCUCCUCGAGCCAGAGACCAGCCACUCGUAACAGAGGAGUCAUUUUCCCGAGCGUCAAGAACAAGCCGAGCCCUGCCAACUCAACGUUCACAUCCGAUAUCCUCGCCAACUUCAAAGACAUCAAGGGCUAUUCUUGCGUCGAUCUCCUCAACGCUGGAAUGAGGGACAGCGGCGUUUACUACCUUCAAAUCCGAGGUACAACCUACUGGUUCCUCAAGGUAUACUGUGAACAGGAACUCGCCGAUGGAGGCUGGACGGUGAUUCAAAGACGAGAUGACUUCGGCGAUUCCAGGGAAAACUUCAACCGAGACUGGGCCGAUUAUAAAAACGGCUUCGGUGAUCCCGCAAGGGAAUUUUGGCUCGGUAAUGAAAACAUUUACAUGUUGACGAAUAACGAGGACUACAUGCUGCGGGUCGAGCUUGAGGACUUCGAAGGAAACAAAAGGUACGCCCAGUACUCUCACUUCAAGAUAUACUCCGAGGGUGAAUACUACAAGCUGGAAAUCGACGGGUACGAAGGAAACGCGGGAGACUCUCUGAACGACCCUUGGUACGGGUCGAACAACAGCCCCUUUUCAACCUAUAACAGAGACAACGACAGAUCGUCGCUGAACUGCGCCUCGAUGCUGAAGGGUGGAUGGUGGUGGAAGUCCUGCGGUCGCGGGUUGAACGGAUUGUACCUUAAUGAUCCGCAGGACCUUACAGCUCGACAAGGAAUCGUUUGGUUCCGUUGGAGAGGCUGGGACUACACCCUGAAGAAGGCGUUGAUGAUGAUCAAGCCGAAGGGACCGAUGCCCGUAGUUUAGACGGUGAUUUGAAUCUAUAGCAACGCCCUUGAUAAGAUAAUUUUUGGGUAAAUUAAUGCUUAGACGAUGUUAUAAGCGACGAUCGCCGACGUCGUGGUUGUUAUUGGAGAAAGUGUAAGUCAAGCAUCGGUAUAACUCGUUAUUCUGUACGUCAUUUGGUGGAUAUUAUUUUCUGGUAAUUUCUUUUACGGAAAACUUUGUUCUCAAAUUUGGGAAAAUCUCUCUCGUCAAAUAUGCUCACCUAAUUUGGCAAGUCCCGAUCUUCACACUCUGUAAAUGGAUUCUGAGCGGUGCAAUGUAUUAUUUGAGAAAAAUUUGAGUAUGAUAUUGAAUUCAGAGAUUUUUUUAGAAAUUAUCGACUCUUUGAGAUUGCAUCACUUUCUCCCAUUAAUUCGUCACUUCAAUAACAAAAUAUAUUUACAUCGUAUGAGAAUUUUUCCUUUUUGUGAAAAUCUUGGUUCAGCACUUACUGAUAAUCUCUGAUUUUGUCUGUAUUUUGUAAUACUCUGAAAAGUACCGAUUGAAAAAAAUAUUUAAAAAUUUCAAGAAAAAAACAGCAUACUUAAUUACUGACUAGAAUUUCCACCAGAGACUCGCGGAAUAAAGUUUCGGCGAAUAAAAGAGCUUGUUACGUUGUGGCACGGGUAUAGGUUAUACAUACAGGCGGUCACGGCAAACGAGAUCAUGAUUGAUUUUCUAUUUGGUUUCGCCGUACACCGCUACUUUCCAAGCUAAAGUAAUUAAUCACUGGCGUCUAAAAAUUGACCAUUACUCUUGCCUGGCUUGGUACAGUAGGGGAAAAUUAACCAAGAGUUGACCAAACAAUGGCUUCAAGAUCCGAUAAAUUCUCAAUCAUUGCUUUUACAGGUUCCAGUGUAAGCCAGUGUAAAGUAAGUAUAUAUACAUGUAUAUGUGCAUGCAUCCACGAAAAUAUACAUGUGUGUGUACGUACGGAUCAGAAACGGCAACUGAUCACUGCAAACAUUCCAUCUAUUCUCCGAUUCCCUACCCUGUAUAUUUAUUAUCGUCUCACACCAUCGUAAAAUUAUAGAUUUUAAGUUUCAAACACCCACGUGUGAUUGUAUUACGGUUUACAGUAAAUUAUUGUUUAAUAUUAGACAGCAAAAAUUUCUCUCGGCACUAUUUUAACACGUAUAAUAUACGGGAUGAGUUAUCCUAAUCCUGAUCAGAAACCGCGCGUCUGCAAUUACUGAUUAACAUUCCGCCAACUUACGCAUUUGGUUCUCGUAACGGAUCAUCGUAUUCAAUGCUGAAAGAAGAUGUUGUUUAUUUACGUUAUCAUCGCUCGAUAAUGGAGCGACAAAAAAGAAAAUAGCCUUAAAACGUAAACGAGAUGAUGAUCGCGUUAAUUGAUUCCUAUACGUGCUUCGUUAUAAAAUUUCGCUGGAAAAUUGUUUUACUCUUUUACUUUGGACUUUUGUAGCUCUCUCCUAACAUUUUUCACACGCAUUUCACCAGCAACCUGCAGUCCAAUCUCGUUAACGACAUUGUAAUAGGCUUAUGUCAAUAUAACGUCAAAUUAUGUAAACAAGAAAACGCAAUUUUAGUUAUUUUUUCAUCGUAUGUUACACUCCACGAUGAAAGCUAUAAAUUAAAAGUUGAAAUAAUACAGAUUACGACAGGCUAAUGUCCGAGCUAUUCUAUAAGAUUGUCGCAAAAAACACAUCGGUUGCUAUUCUAAACUGCGAGAAAUAUCAUUGAAGGCUUAAUUUCGAUUGAAUAUUGGAAGCAGAGGAUUUAUUGUACGGACGUUAAACCAAAUUUGCAUAUCUGUCUCCGUUAAUAACGUUUCAUUAAAAUUUUUGUAAAAGAUUUCUUCUCUCGGAAUAUACACUCGUCGUGCAGUUAGCCAGUCAGAUGCUGUGUGAGUGUGGGCGGAAUUAUAUAUAUUGAUGCAUACCUUUACGAUUAUAACUUUCAACACAUUCGGUGCCCUUCGACCUUUUGAAUUAUUAAUGCAUGUGAAUAAUGUCGAAUGGUAGAUAAUUUUGAAGUUAACGAUUGGCGGAUAUUGUGUUAAGCUGUAUGUUAAAUUAAACUAACAACAAGUGUGUGCAGGUCGUACACUAAUGGAAUUGCGGGCUAGAACGCUGCGGUCUCCGAAUCCGACCUGAAAAAUAGUUUUAAAAAAACGAUCCGGGGAAGACUUGAAAAAUAUUGUGUAGCGGCGUUAG